ACGACAUAGAUCCGGACGUACUGGACAGCAUGCACUCUCUGGGCUGCUUCAGAGACAAGAACAAACUGAUGAAGGACCUGCUCUCGGACGAGUGAGUAGUGAAGGAGGGAGGAAGGAGGGCAGGGAGGGUGGGAGAGAUGCAUGGAAGGGAUGGGGAAGAGGGAGUGAGGAAGGAUGGAGGUGGGAGAGAGGAGGGAGGAGGGAGGGAUGGAUGACAAAUUAGGAAAUUGUGGGAGGGGAGACAUUGGAAGGACAGCGGGGGAGAGAAGCUUAGAGAACGAUUGGUUGGUGAAUGGGGGAGUGAACAUUGUGGAAGGUAGGCGGAGGAGAGGGAGAAAGGGAGGGGGGAGAGGGGGACAAGCUCCAGAGUCCUUGGGUUCUUAUGAAAUCCUUUGAACCUGUCGCUUUGGAUGUCAGCAGCCAUACAUCACUUUGCUGUUAUCACACAGCAUUGGCAGUGGUGCUUAAACCACCUGCUUCACACCUCCGUCUAACAAGCUCCUGGGUCACAUUGUUUCUGCACUGUCGGGAUUGUGUGUGUGUGAGUGGGCGCAGGAGAGAGAGAGAUAGUGUGAAUGUGCUCACCUUUAUGCAUUUGUGAUAGAGAGUAUAGUGUGUGUUUGUCUCACUGUUGGAGCAUUUAAGAGCGUCACACAUAAAGCAAAGCGACGAUGCCUUUAGGGAAGGGGUUGUGUGUUGAGAUUGUGUUACCUAUGACCUUCCUAAAGGUCUGUAAAGGUUGCAGUAUGGGUCUCUGAAGGUUCAGUUAUGAUUCGCUGUGAAGGGUCCAUGCAUCAUCCCUAUUUGUGACUAUUUUCAGAUUUUAAGUGCUCUUCAGUUUUCUGUUAUCUCUCUUAGUCAUUUAGCAGACGCUCUUAUCCAGAGCGACUUACAGUUAAGUGAGUGCAUACAUUUUUCAUACUGGCCCCCGUGGGAAUCGAACCCACAACCCUGGCGUUGCAAAUGCCAUGCUCUACCAACUGAGCUACACGGGGCCCUUUCUCUCCCCUUUUCUUAUUUGCCCUCUCUCCUUCGUUUCUCACCCUUUCUUCCGUCCUCUCCUCUCUUUCCUUACUCUUCCCUUUCUUUAUUUCCCCUCUCUCCUCUAACUCUCCUCUUCUUAUCAUCUCUCUACUCUAUCUCCUCGUUAUUCUCCUGUCUUCAAUCUCUCCUCUCCUCCUCCAGGUCUGAAAGCAAAAGAAAGUCAGAAGCUUUAAUUCCAUUUAUUCUUCUCUUCUCUUUUAGCUGAAGUUGCAGGUUUUCAUCUAUCGCUGCAUUCCCUAGACCCUUCUGUUUUACAUGCCGUAUUGCGAGCGGGGCACCGAGUUUCACAGCCAGAGGAAAACGAUCAUUCGUCUGGAUAGGCCAGAAAAUGUCACGUGCCGCUCCCUAUGCAAAUGAGAAGUUAGAUUUCACUCCAUCUCAGCUCAGGACGUAGAAGCAGGACAACCAGCUCUUUCACAGAGUGUACAGCAUUUGAUGUUGCACCAUUCACAGAGCGUUCUGUACAUGAAAAUGUCAGUCAGAACCGGUCCAGAAUCGCCUAAAAAGUCCCCUAAAUCAAGACAUUUUCGGAUUAUUUUUAUUUAACUGUUAUAUGGUCAUUGCUGUAGUUGUUUCAAUGUGUUAAUUGUGUUUGAAAAGGACAAACAUGAAAUUGACAGAUGAAUUAACUCAAUGUGCGUUGAAUGCUUUGGACGUAAUGAGCUUGGAGUGGCUGUAAUGUUAUUUUGAUAUAUACAGUGCAUUCGGAAAGUAUUCAGACCCCUUGUCUUUUUCCACAUUUUGUUACAUUACAGCCUUAUUCUAAAAUUGAUUAAAUACAUGUUUUUCCUAAUCAAUCUACACACAAUACCCCAUAAUGACAAAGUGAAAACAGGUUUUUAGACAUUUUUGCAAUUUAUAAAAAUAAAAAACAUAAAUACUUUACUUACAUAAGUAUUCAGACCCUUUGCUAUGAGACUCGAAAUUGAGCUCAGGUGAAUCCUGUUUCCAUUGAUCAUCAUUGAGAUGUUUCUACAACUAGGGGGGGAAAAAGAUGUAAUCCAUUUAAUAAUAAGGCUGUAACGUAACAAAAUGUGGAAAAAGUCAAGGGGUCUGAAUACUUUCCGAAUACACAGUAUAUAUAUAUAUAUAUAUAUAUAUAUAUAUAUAUAUAUAUAUAUAUAUAUAUAUAUAUAUAUAUAUAUAUAUAUAUAUAAAAUAUACUUUGAUUUAUACAGGGUGGGUCACCAUUGAGACCAGGGUCUCAUUUGCAAGGGAGUCCUGUGAACAUGAACAUACAGUAAAUAAGAUUAAUUCAAACGCGAUCUAAACUGUCCAAUGGAGACCGCCGAGUCUAAUUUCAAAGUGGCCUGAAGGCUAUUCCAUGAGCUGGGGGCAUAAAAACUAAAAUAAUUUUUCCCCAGGUCAGUGGAGACCUGCGGGACCUCCAAAACCAGCCAGUCCAGAGAACAGGUCUGAAAAUUGCUGGAUCUCCAGUAAAUACAUGAGCUGAGGUAGUGCGGGACUCUCUGAAGAACCACUUUAUAUAGUAGCCAAUGCUUGGCCCUUCUGGUAGUCAGAGACUCCCAGCCAACAGAAAUAUACAAAAUGCAGUGAUGUAUGUGAAAAAUGUCCCCAGUGUAAAAUGCAGUGCUGACUGAUAGACUGAAUCUAAAGGUUUUAAAGCAAAUGCUGCCGCAUUCAUGUAGAUUACGGUAUAUCACCAUAAUCAAGUUCUGGGAGAAACUUUGCUUAUACAAUCUUCCUUCUACUUUCCAAAGGGAUGCAGGAUUUAUUUCUAUGUAUAAAAGAAACCAAUCUUAAUUUUAAUUAAUUUUUUGUCUUUUUUUGUCUUUUUUGCUUAAGGUUUUUGUUGUUGUUGUUGUUGUUGUUGGUACUGAACAUUAUUCCAAUCCUGUUCUUCUCAAAAGAAGAAGGUAUAACUUUUGCUUGUUUAAAAAUUUAUAAUUUUGUCGAUGUCUAAUGAGGUAAUACAAAUUAUUUUUUCAGCUGUCAUGGAGCAUGAAGUCUUUAAAGGAAUGACAGUUGCUCCACUGAGAUUAUUGGCUGCUAUUAGCUACAAACUAUUAGUGUUGGUUAAUGUAGUAUCAACCAACCUGAUCUCCCUAUUCUUGCUCAGAUCACUCACCCUUUGUCAUCUUUCAUCUGCUCUGCAGAGAUAACCAGGAGAAGAUGAUCUACUUCCUGCUGUUGGACCGUAAGGAGAGGUACCCCAGCCAAGAGGACCAGAACCUGCCCCCACGCAACGAGAUUGGUAAAAUAAAACGACUAAGCCCCAAAGUCACAAGACAGUAGCAAUUGUAAAAUCUAUGUUGAUGGUGAAUCUUCUGUGUGUCAAGUCACGGAAAUGUAUCAAAUCAAGCACUGUGAGAAGGCCUCCCCACCUGAUUCAACUAGUCAAGGGCUUGAUAAUUAGUUAAGUUAAGUCAGGUGUGCUAGAUCUGGAAUAUAUUAAAUACAUGGAAUGACUGGGGAACCAAGGAGAGGUUUGAGUGUGAGCUAAUGUAUGUGCUUGACUGGCAAACUGCACUGUAGCUGGUGUGUGAUCCUCUCUCUCUCUUUCACACUCUCUCUCUCUCAAUUCAAUUCAAUUCAAUUUAAGGACUUUAUUGGCAUGGGAAAUGUAUGUUAACAUUGCCAAAGCAAGUGAAGUAGAUAGUAAACAAAAGUGAAAAACUAUAAAUAUUAACAGUAAACAUUACACUCAGAAGUUCCAAAAGAAUAAAGACAUUUCAAAUGUCAUAUUAUGUAUACAUACAGUGUGGUAACAAUGUGCAAAUAGUCAAAGUACAAAAGGGAAAAUAAAUAAACAUAAAUAUGGGUUGUAUUUACAAUGGUGUUCGUUCUUCACUGGUUGCCCUUUUCUUGUGGCAACAGGUCACAAAUCUUGCAGCUGUGAUGGCACACUGUGGUUUUUCACCCAGUAGAUAAGGGAGUUUAUCAAAAUUGGGUUUGUUUUUGAAUUCUUUGUGGAUCUCUGUAAUCUGAGGGAAAUAUGUGUCUCUAAUAUGGUCAGGAGGUUAGGAAGUGCAGCUCAGUUUCCACUUCAUUUUGUGGGCAGUGUGCACAUAGUCUGUCUUCUCUUGAGAGCCAGGUCUGCCUACAGCGGGCUUUCUCAAUAGCAAGGCUACGCUCACUGAGGCUGUACAUAGUCAAAGGUUUCCUUAAGUUUGGGUCAGUCACAGUGGUCAGGUAUUCUGCCACUGUGUACUCUCUGUUUAGAGCCAAAUAGCAUUCUAGUUUGCUCUGUUUUCUUGUUAAUUCUUUCCAAUAUGUCAAUUAAUUAUCUUUUAGUUUUUUCAUGAUUGUUUGGGUCUAAUUGUGUUGUUGUUGUUGUCCUGGGGCUCUGUGGGGUCUGUUUGUGUUUGUGAACAGAGCCCCAGGACCAGGUUAAUUAGGGGACUAUUCUCCAAGUUCAUCUCUCUGUAGGUGAUGGCUUUGUUAUGGAAGGUUUGGGAAUUGCUUCCUUUUAAGUGGUUAUAGAAGUUAACGGCUCUUUUUUGGAUUUUGAUAAUUAGCAGGUAUCGGCCUAAUUCUGCUCUGCAUGCAUUAUUUGGUGUUUUUCGUUGUACACAGAGGAUAUUUUGGCAGAAUUCUGCAUGCAGAGUCUGAGUUUGGUGUUUGUCCCAUUUUGUGAAUUCUUGGUUGGUGACUGAUUCAUGGGUUCUAUAACUGAUUCACGUAUUUUUUGCCAGAUCCUAAUUGGUAUGUCAAAUUGUAUGUUCCUUUUGAUGGCAUAGAAGGCCCUUCUUGCCUUGUCUCUCAGAUCGUUCACAGCUUUGUGGAAGUUACCUGUGGCGCUAAUGUUUAGGCCGAGGUAUGUAUAGUUGUUUGUGUGCUCUAGGGCAACGGUGUCUAGAUGGAAUUUGUAUUUGUGGUCCUGGCAACUGGACCUUUUUUGUAACACCAUUAUUUUUGUCUUACUAAGACUUACUGUCAGGGCCCAGGUCUGACAGAAUCUGUGCAGAAGAUCUAGGUGCUUCUGUAGGUCCUCCUUGGUUGGUGACAGAAGCACCAGAUCAUCAGAAAACAGUAGACAUUUGACUUCAGAUUCUAGUAGGGUGAGGCCAGGUGCUGCAGACUGUUCUAGUGCCCUCGCAAAUUCGUUGAUAUAUAUGUUGAAGAGGGUGGGGCUUAAACUGCAUCCCUGUCUCACCCCACGGCCCUGUGGAAAGAAAUGUGUGUGUUUUUUGCCAAUUUUAACUGCACACUUGUUGUUUUUGUACAUGGAUUUUAUAAUGUUGUAUGUUUUUCCCCCAACACCACUUUUACAUCAAUUUGUAUAGCAGACCCUCAUGCCAAAUUGAGUCAAAAGCUUUUUUGAAAUCAACAAAGCAUGAGAAAACGUUGCCUUUGUUUUGUUUUGUUUGUUUGUCAUUUAGGGUGUGCAGGGUGAAUACGUGGUCUGUCGUACGGUAAUUUGGUAAAAAGCCAAUUUGACAUUUGCUCAGUACAUUGUUUUCACUGAGGAAAUGAACUAGUCUGCUGUUAAUGAUAAUGCAGAUGAUUUUCCCGAGGUUGCUGUUGACGCAUAUCCCACGGUAGUUAUUGGUGUCAAAUUUGUCUCCACUUUUGUGGAUUGUGGUGAUCAGUCCUUGGUUCCAAAUAUUGGAGAAGGUGCCAGAGCUAAAGACGAUGUUAAAGAGUUUAAGUAUAGCCAAUUGGAAUUUGUGGUCUGUAUAUUUUAUCAUUUCAUUGAGGAUACCAUCAACACCACAGGCCUUUUUGGGUUGGCGGGUUUGUAUUUUCAUUUUCCAUUCAAUGUAAUUGUAGAAUCCAGUGGGUUCUGGUAGUCUUUAGUAGUUGAUUAUAAGAUUUGCAUUUGAUCGUGUAUAUGUUUUUGCUGUUUGUUCUUUGUUAUAGGGCCAAAAAGAUUGGAGAAGUGGUUUACCCAUACAUCUCCGUUUUGGAUAGAUAGCUCUUCGUAAUGUUGUUUGUUUAGUGUUUUCCAAUUUUCCCAGAAGUGGUUAGAGUCUAUGUAUUAUUCAAUUACAUUGAGCUGAUUUCUGACAUGCUGUUGCUUUUUUUUCCCGUAGUGUAUUUCUGUAUUGUUUUAGUGAUUCACCAUAGUGAAGGCGUAGGCUCAGGUUUUCUGGGUCUCUAUGUUUUUGGUUGGAUAGGUUUCUGAAUUUCUUUCUUAGGUUUUUGCAUUCUUCAUCAAACCAUUUGUCACUGUUGUUACUUUUCUUCGGUUUUCUGUUAGAGAUUUUUAGAUUUGAUAGGGAAGCUGAGAGGUCAAAUAUAUAGUUUCGUUUUUCUACUGCCAAGUUUACACCUUCACCAUUACAGUGGAACGUUUUGUCCAGGAAGUUGUCUAAAAGGGAUUGAAUUUGUUGUUGCCUAAUUGUUUUUUGGUAGGUUUCGACACUACUUUCCUUCCAUCCAUAGCAUUUCUUAAUAUUAUUCAGUUCCUUUGGCUUUGAUGCCUCAUGAUUGUGUAUUGCUCUGUUCAAGUAGACUGUGAUUUUGCUGUGGUCUGAUAGGGGUGACAGUGGGCUGACUCUCUCUCUCUCUCUCUCUCUCUCUCUCUCUCUCUCUCUCUCUCUCUCUCUCUCUCUCUCUCUCUCUCUCUCUCUGUCUCUCUCUCUCUCUCUGUCUCUCUCUCUCUCUCUCUCUCUCUGUCUCUCUCUCUCUGUCUCACUCCCCCUCCUAUCCUCAGACCCCCCCAGGAAGCGUGUGGACUCCCCCAUGCUGAACCGCCAUGGCAAGAGGAGACCGGAGAGGAACUCUAUGGAGGUGCUGAGUGUCACAGACGGAGGCUCCCCCGUACCCGCCAGGAGGGCCAUCGACAUGACACAGCACGGACAGAGGUACACAAACACACAGGAACAGAGGUACACACACAACCACACCCACACACACGCACACACACCAUUUGACUAU